AUGGGCUUCCUCAAGCGGUUCCUGUCCCUCGGUAGCUCCAAGUCUAGGAGGAACAAGAAGAAGCAGAACGCCUCCCAUGGGAAGGAUGUCGACGCUGAGGGGCGGAUUCUUCGGCAGCAUGAACUGGCCCCUCCAGACGCAGACACGAGUGCGAACAGGCUCCUGCGCUCCUCGUCCACCAAGUUCUCCGUCAUGUCCGAGAUUGAUUAUGCCUCUCUGCCUCCUCCACCACUUCCUGUCGGCCGGUUUCCAAGCACACCAUCGCUUUCUCCUUCGCCCUCUAUACUUACUGUCGCUACGACGCCCGGCGUGAAGUGGAGUGGGACGUACGUUGUCAAAGUCCAUAGCCGAACAACCCACUCCCGCACCGAGUUCCCGCACGCAAAUCCUCUUCCUUCUCCGACCAAGCAACCACGAACAGCGGAACCGAAGACGCUCCGUCAAGAUGAAUACGACACCGACGAAGACGACAACGUCGAAGACCGACCACGCGCCCCGCGUCUCAAGGAAGUUAACUUCACGCCCAAGGACACCUCGCGAAUCUACGCCUUGCGGAGGGAUCCGUCGGUGGUCAGUCUUUUGAACAUGUACGACGACAAUGGCUGCCUCGACGAGCAUGCCUUUGCGAACACUCCUCCGACGCCUGCCCCCGUCUCAGCCGAGAUUGAAGGGCGGCAACCACGUCCUAGAACAGGAUCCACUCUCAGACAGCUCCUUGGCGAACCUCAAGCUACUUUCACGGAGCAUACCCACGAGGGAGAUAUAUCCUGGGCAGAACGCUUCUUAGAGUCAGUUCCAACUCUGUCUCCAUUUUCAUGA